CAUAUAUAAACACAUUUUUCUGUUUUAACGAAAAACUAAAACCCUAACAAACUUUAAUUUUCAAAGAACAAAAAAUGCAUGCGCUACUGCUUCAGUGCUUUGUAUCAAAAACAACUCUGCACUGAACUGAACUGGCCGUAAAAAUAAAACCUCGUCGGGAAAGCCGCCGGAGUUGGCCUCCGUCUACCAUCAGCAACGUGCAGAUUGUUUAUUUGAUUGUUUCCAAUGAAAUGAAAGAAGAGAAUUAUUCUGAAAAAAGAAGAGUGUGAGAGAGUGUUUCACGAAGAAGUGUUGAAUGGAAUUAUCCAAAAAAUGCAAUCUUCUUCAAGCUAGGGGAGAAGGUUGUGAUGUUGUGUAUUGCUACAACAACAAGGUUAAGGUAUGCCUUCCACAAAUUUCUGAGGUUCUUUUCCCAUUGCCCGAAACAAAAUGCAAAAAUAUUAUCUUCCUUUAAUGGCAUUGAUGAUGCUGUUACAUUAUUCAAUCACUUGAUUAAUAUGCAGCCGCUUCCCUCUGUUAUACAAUUUAACACGAUUAUAGGGUCAGUAGUGAAGAUGAAGCAUUGUCCUGUUGCUAUCUCUCUUUUGAAACAAAUGGUGUUUAAAGGAGUUACUCCUUCCAUAUUCACUUUGAGUAUUUGGAUCAACUGUUACUGCCAUUUGGGUGAGAUGGGUUUUGCUUUUUCCGUACUCGGCAUAGUUUUGAAGCGGGGUUAUCAACCCAAUAAUAUAACCUUGACGACGGUCAUGAAAGGACUUUGUAUCAAUGGCGAGGUUCAGAAAGCAAUGGACUUUCAUGACAAUGUGGCAGCACAAGGAAUGCUGUUGGAUGAAGUUUGUUACGGGACCUUGAUCAAUGGCUUGUGUAAAAUAGGACGUUCAAUAGAUGCCUUUCAGUUGCUACAAGAGAUGGAAGGACAAGUGGUUAAGCCUAACAUAGUAAUCUACAACAUGAUCAUUGAUAGUUUUUGUAAAGACGAGCUUACAUGUAAGGCUCGAGAUUUAUAUUUGAAAAUUGUUGACAUGGGAAUAGAUCCUGAUAUUUUAACUUAUACUUCUCUAAUUCGUGGUUUUUGUAGAACGGGUCAAUGGGGAGAAGUUAAGCAAUUGAUGUGUGAAAUGGUUAAUAAAAAUAUCAACCCAAAUGUUUAUACCUUCAAUGUAUUAAUUGAUGCAUUUUGUAGAAAAGGAAAGAUGAUAGAAGCUCAAGGAAUGUUUAAUUUGAUGGUUAAAAGAGGCCAGCAACCAGACAUUGUUACGUUCAACACUUUAAUUAGUGGACAUUGCUUACAUGGUAAUGUGCUUGAGGCAAGAAAAUUAUUUGAUACAGUUUUUGAACGGGGUAUUCUGCCUGAUGUUUGGAGUUAUACCAUCUUGAUUAUUGGGUAUUGCAAGUGUAAAAGGAUUGAUGAAGCUGUGAGUCUCUUCAAUGAAAUGCGUUGCAAAAAUAUGGUUCUGGAUAUUGUUUUGUAUAGUUCGCUUAUUGAUGGUUUGUGCAAAUCUGGGAGGAUCUCUUAUGCAUGGGAGCUUUUUAGUACAAUCAACAAUGACGGUCCACCACCUAAUGUUAUCACUUACAAUAUCUUGAUAGAUGCUUUUUGCAAAAUCCAAGAUAUUGACAUGGGAAUUGAAUUAUUUAAACUAAUGUGUGGAAAGGGCUUGACACCUACUGUUUUGACUUACAACAUCUUGAUUAAUGGGUAUUGCAAGAGUAAGAGGAUUCGUGAAGCCAUGAAUCUCUUGAGUGUAAUGCAAAGCAAAAAUUUGGCUCCUGAUUCUAUAACUUAUAAUUCUCUUUUUGAUGGGUUGUGUAAAUCUGGGAGAAUCUCCGAUGCUUGGGAGCUUUUCAAAGUGAUGCAUGUUGGUGGACCACCGGUUGAUGUUGCUACUUACAAUGUCUUGUUAGAUGCUUUUUGCAAAGCACAAGAUGUUGCUUAGGCAAUUGCAUUAUUCAAUCUAAUGUUGGAAAUGGGAUUGACUUCUUAAGAUUAUAGUCAUAGCAUCUUGAUUAGUGAAUUUUGGAGAAGGAUGAAUGAAGUCAUGAAUCUCUUCAAAGAUGUGUCACAACCAUAUGAUUCUUGAUACUAUCAAGUAUACACUCAUGGUUUUCUAAUUAAAGGCUCAGGCUUAUGCAAAUGUUGGAGAAUCCAAAUGCAUGAGAGCUAACUGAUGGUAUACAUUGUUAGAUGCUUUUUGUAAAAGUCUGUUUAUUUAAUUGAUGGUUUAUACAGAGGUCGAAGAUUGAUAUUUUCGCAUAAGAGAUUGUUCAGGAUCUUUUGAUUUGUCUGAAAGACAACACAUAUAACACCAUAACCAGUGGACUUUCCUAAGGUUUGUUCCAUGUAGAAGCAGUAGCUUUCUGUCUAGAAAUAAAAGGCGAUGGUGCUAACUGAUAAGAGAGAGGAACUGCAUCAAGAAAUGGCUGUUGGUGGUCUGUAGUCUGUACAAAUGGUAAAACCUACUGAUAUAUUUUGGCUACACAGAAAUUUAUACUUAUGAUGUGUAUGUUUAAAUGCUUAGCAUUGCAAGUUUCCUUUGAGCUUAUUUUAGCGUUGGGUUGUUGCCAUUGGUUGAUUUAUUGUCUUUAUAUCGUUGUUAUACAUUAACUUUGGCAAAUGUGCUCCUGAUGUGCUGCUUAUGAAUUGUUUCUAGGAUUUCUUAUGUAGCCGAUAUAUAAUUUUUUUAUGCUUGCAAGUAAAUAUCCCUCUUAUAAUACAAUGACAAUGGCAUUAAGUCUCUAUGUGCUGCUAUUUCUAAUCUGCUCUCUUGUUCUCUCUAAUGAUAUGUUAUUUCUGUAUCCUUUUUACUACUAAACAAGACCAAUGCUAUUGCCAAUUCUACAGUUUUCAUAACUUAAUAUUUUGCUUUGCUUUUCACUCCUAUAUUUUUUAUAUCACAGUUUUGCAUAUUGGAUGCACCUUUUUGUUGUGUACAUGCUCAUGCUGGCAAUCUGUGGAUUUCGUUGUUCAAUAUAAAUGCACUAAUUGAAUACUACUUCGAUAGCUGUUAUGAAUGCGGGAUCUGAAGAAAGGUUGUUCUAUAUAAAAAAAGUUAAUAUAAUGCUUUAAGUCAUAAUUUCUAGUUGAUUUUUCUGAAGUUAAGUCAAUCACAGAUUGUGGGAAAUAGCGGUCUAUUCAAAUUCCACUACGCAAAACGCAACACUGUUAAGAACUAAAACUCAAUGAAAGAUGUUGACAUGAUUCAAAUGAUGCUGCAGGUUCAUAAAUCCUACUCUUCUCUUUCUCCUGUUAUCUGUAUUAUAAACAGAUUAAUUUCUGAAACUGCAGCCUUUGUAGUAUACUUUUAGAUUGCUAGGCAGUUAUUUUGCUUAGAAAUUAUUUGUUUAGCGUGCUUGGUAAAUAUUUGAUGUGUCCCUGUACUUUUGAGUAGCUUCUCAUAACACAGGUUGUGGAAGACACAAUGAGGACGAAAGUUUUAUGUAUUUUUUUUAGUUUCAUGGAAUUCUCUAAAAUAUUGGAAUGGACUGUAAUGCCUGCAUUUUUUCAGAGCACCUAUCCUUCCCUUUAUUUCCACUUAUUACAAUCAAAUUAAGUUUGAUUUUCUUUUUUUUGAUCCAGAAAGUUUUAGUGUCAAUGACUAACCACUGUUAUAUUUUCAAAUUAAGUUUGAUUUUCUUCUCUUAACCGGAUUGGUGCGGGUAUGUGUAUCCGAGAUGAAGAUGAGAGUUUUGUGCUUGCAAAGACCAAACGAUUUCUUCUAUAUUUGGUUUGUGGAUGGGAGAUGAUUGUCGUCUGGUAACUGAUAUUCAUUGGGUUCACGAUCUGUGGCUGGUUGGUUGGAUGGAGUUGAUUUCAUACUUGAUUAUAAGCAUGUGGUUAGUAAAUCUAAAGCUCCAGCAGAGGAUGUCUUUGAAUUAGGCGUUAUAACAUCUGAUUGUAGACGUUUUUUUUCUCGAGUUUAUUAGGAGACAUGCCAAUGAAGUAACUCAUAUUUUAAUAAAGAAGGCUACAUCUUUAGCUAAUGUCCUCCUUUUUAUUGAAACGCCACUUUGUAUCUAAUUUUAUUAUUGCUAAUGAAGUGAACAAAGUUAAUCCUAUUUUUAAGA